CACCUUUCUGCUCCUUCCCCAGCUACCUGAACGACCUGGAGAGGAUAGCCCGUGCCGACUACAUCCCCACCCAGCAGGACGUGCUGCGCACCAGGGUGAAGACCACCGGCAUUGUGGAGACCCACUUCACCUUCAAGGACCUGCACUUCAAGAUGUUCGACGUGGGCGGCCAGCGCUCAGAGCGGAAGAAGUGGAUCCACUGCUUCGAGGGGGUGACGGCCAUCAUCUUCUGUGUGGCCCUGAGUGCCUACGACCUGGUGCUGGCUGAAGAUGAGGAGAUGAACCGGAUGCACGAGAGCAUGAAGCUGUUCGACAGCAUCUGCAACAACAAGUGGUUCACGGACACGUCCAUCAUCCUCUUCCUCAACAAGAAGGACCUUUUCGAGGAGAAGAUUGUGCACAGCCCCCUGACCAUUUGCUUCCCGGAGUACACAGGGGCCAACAAGUACGAUGAGGCGGCCGGCUACAUCCAGAGCAAGUUUGAGGACCUGAACAAGCGGAAGGACACCAAGGAGAUCUACACCCACUUCACCUGUGCCACCGACACC